AUGGCCCAGCCGGAGGAUGAGGCCUCUGCAGGCCCCAGCGUCGGGGAGAGGCGGGUUCCACCACAGGUGAAUGGAGCAGGUGAGACCCCCAUAGGGGUCCUUGGGACCCCAGAGCCACUCCUUCGCCUAUGGAGGACGUGGGGGGUGUGGCAGAUCCCAGAGCUGGAUACUCAGGAUGCAGAAGCCCUUCUUGAGCUGUGGCCACCGGGGAGCUUCCUGGUCACAGGACAUGACCCCAGCCAGGUCCUGGUGUUGAGGACAGGAGCUUCACCAGGAGAAGUCCACACCUACCAGAUCCAGAAGCUUCCUGGAGGUGUGUCUCUGGAAUAUUCGAACCUCUGCAUGCCGGACCUGCCCCAUCUCCUGGCCUUCCUAUCGGCCAGCAGGGAUGUUUUGCCCAGAACACUGCUCUUGCCCCCUCCCACUCUAAGGCCUGGAGGCCAACACACAGGUCCUCCUCCACAGACUGGCAGCGUCCACCUCAACAUCUCAGAGAGGGUGCUGUCCAUGGUGAACAAGCUCUACCUGGAGACCCACAGAGGGCGGGGGUUGGAGCAGACCCCCCCGGAGACACCUCCAGAAACUGCAGAAAGACACAGUUCAGCCCCCAGGAACCCCGCCCCGCACCGGGUCUCCUGGGUUGAAGGCGCACUCAGCCCAGAAGUGCACCAUCCUGGGCCGGCUCUGGCCAGCCUGGCGGAGGAGAAAGAGCAGGGGGACGAGCUCGAGAACGAGGGCGACUACAAAGAUGAAGAGAACAGCCCUGGCCCCGAGGAUGUGCUCACCCAUCACAUCCAGGCUCUGGCCAGGGCCCGGGGCAGCUACGUGGGCAGGCAGUUCCAGAGCCUUAGGGCGCGCCUCACCUCAAAUGCCGGAGGCCCCCACAGGCCUGGGGACCCGGCCACAGAGCUGCUCCAGGACGUGCGGCACCUCCUCACUGACCUCCAGAACCACUUGUCAAAGGACCCCGAAGUCAGGGCUGUUUUGGAGAGCAGGGGGCCUGGGGCCCCCCAGAAGGACGACCAUCUUGGCGCCGCGGUGGAGGCGGCCUUGUGCCGGGCAGUGCUGGCGCCCCUGAAGCCUGCCCUGUGGACACGACUCCGCACGCUCCGAGCCCAGGAACUGCGGCGACUGCAGCAGCGCCAAAUAGCCCUGCGGGCGGGGGCGGGGCCUCCGGGACUCCGCGGGGCGGGGCUCGAGGGGCAGGGCCCCGCCCCCGCCCUGCGGAGCCGCAUCCACGCGCGCCUGGCGCACCUCCACGCCGCCUGCGCCCCACGCCGCAAGGUGGCGCUGCUGCUGGCGGUGUGCAGUGACGUUUACGCGGGCCUGGCUCAGGCCGAGGGCCAAGAGCCCGUGGGGGCCGACGCCUUCCUGCCCGCGCUGACGGAAGAACUGAUCUGGAGUCCGCACAUUGGGGAGACGCAGCUGGACGUGGAGUUUCUCAUGGAGCUGUUGGACCCGGAGGAGCUGCGGGGAGAAGCUGGCUACUACCUGACCACGUGGUUUGGGGCGCUGCACCACAUCGCUCACUACCAGCCCGACGCGGGUCGCGCACCCCGGGGGCUCAGCUCUGAGGCUCGCGCCUCCCUGCGCCAGUGGCACAGCAGGCGGACGCUGCGCAGACAGGACAGACAGGGCCACGCCGGAGCGCAAGUGACCGUCCCCCCGGACUGCGGGUGGACGGGAGCGCCGGACCCAUUGCCUUUCUGA